AUGUCCUCCACAACUGCAAUGAUGAUGCAAACGACGACGACGAAAGCUGUCGUCGUUUCUUCGGUGAACAAGUCCGCGAAAAGAGCGCAAUCCGUGCGAACGAAAGCGUUGGCGACGCCGUAUCGGUACCCGGAGCAAGGAUUUACGGAUGAAGUCGUGGAAGAAGUCAUCGCGGCGUUCCCGGAUAAAGGGAUCGCGUCGAACUUGGAAGGGAUGAUCUUGUUCGCGGCGGAUGGGUACGAUAUUUUGGACGUUCGAUCGGACGCGGAGAUUGAGUUUGUCGGGAACUUUCCGACCGCGAGAAAGAACAAGGAAGUUGGGGUGCGAUUUCAUUGCAUUCCGUUGAUUAACGCGGUGAGAAAGUACGACUCGGAAGUCGGGGCGAAGGUGUACGUGCAAUCGAAGAACGAAUCGUUCAAAGAGAAGAUCGAACAGACGUUUCCGGACAAGGAGGCAAAGAUUAUCAUCACGUGCUCUGACAGCAGAGACCGCGCGAUUCAAGCGUUGGAGUUGCUCGACGAGUGGGGAUACGUGAACAUCGUCGGUCUCAAAGGCGGCUACAACAUGUGGAACCGUCAAUGGGAUCAAAACAUGAGAAGACGCAACUUGCCGGGUAACUUCAAGGAAGAGUUUUCUCACGGUGCGGAAGGUAUGGGGGUGCACGGCACCGGGGCGUCGUUCCAAAACCAAGAUGCGUUCCAAUAUGCAGACUGGAAAGACUCGACAAAGUGGAUGGAAUGGACGAGUGGUACGAUUCCGGCCGACGAAUAA